AUGGCCUACUACCAAGCCCACCUCCUGCUGCUGGCAGGCUACUCGCAAUUCUUCGUCUCCGGCCUCGUGCUGCCCCAGCCUGCCUUUGACGACGACGCCGCCGACAUGGCCGCCGACAUGGAGAGGUUCAUGGACGAGGACGAGUCCCCCGAGAGCGAGCCCGUCGCCGUCGACGAGCCCUGCUCCCGCUUUGCUGCCACCGACGACGACGACGACGACGACGACGACGUCGACUUCGAUGUCGACGCCGUCGAGCUGCUUACCCCGGCCACGCUCGCCAGCCCCGUGCCAGAGCAAAGGCGCCGCAAGAGGCUGUCUGUCGUAAGCGAGUCGCACGUCCGCACCAUGUCGCGCUGGCUGCUCGACUCAGCAAUUUCCCUGGGGGAUCGCCAGCAGCAGCACCCCUCAGCAGCUGAGUCGCUCCGGUCGCCGCGUGAGGUCCACGAGACCAAGCGCUUCUGCCUCGCCGCCCGCCGGCCUCGCUUGCCUUCGAUUCAGACCUCCUUCACCUGCAUGCCUCCGCGCCUGUCCGUGUCCUGA